AUGAUCAGGACACCUUCUGGCAGACAUUAUGAUGCGACGUUUACAAGCAUUGCUAUGAUUCUCACGCUUCUACUGCUCCAGCCCUUUCUCGGUGCCUCAUUUCAACAGAGAUCUGCUUCCUUGCUUGGCAUUUCGACGACGACAGGGGUCUUCUCCGCUGCUUUUGUUGACGAGACAGCUGAUGCUGUUGUCACCACGGAAGAUCCACCAAUUGUGCCCUCUCAAUGGGACGAGCAAUUUGAAGAGCUCCUUUUAUUCCAGGACGAGCACGGCCAUUGCAACUUUCCUCAGAAUCCUACUGCGACACUUGAGAAGGAAUAUCCAACACUGGCGAGUUUCUGUCGUGUUCAGCGCAUCGAAUGCAAUAAGUACAAGGGGUGCAGUACCAGUCAUUCGAGGAACCUACGACAAUUUGAUAGGGGUGUUCGUUGUCGUCGACUGGAGGAGCUUGGAUUUGAAUUCAACAGGAACAAAGCCUGCUGGUAUGACAGGUACCAUGAGCUCGUAGAAUUCCACCGUAACAAUGGUCAUGUCCGUGUCAGCCGUAGGAAAAAUGCUUCUCUUUCCACUUGGGUAGGGGAUCAAAGUCGAAGGCGGAGGCGACAUGAAGGAUACCCAAGUCUUUCUGAGACACAAAUCAACCUCUUGAACAGACUUGACUUCUCCUGGGAAUGUAGUAGUAGGCAAACAUGGAUGGAAAUGUACGACCAGCUUGUUGCCUUUCGUAACGAACACGGGAACAUGAGUGUGACCCGUUCAUGGAACGAGUCUCUGUAUUGCUGGAUUUACAAGCAACGAUAUAAUAAUAAUCUCUCAGAAACACGACGGAAGUUACUGGAUGAUAUUGGGUUUAAUUGGAACUCAAACGAUGCAGAGAUCAGAUGGUAUGCGUCUUACGAUAAGCUUGUCGAAUUCAAGAACAAGCAUGGACAUUUCUGGGUACCAAAGGACAAUUCCUUAUUUCAUUGGAUUCAUUGGCAACGGCAUAGACGUGAUCCUCUCCCCGACGAUCGGAUAAGAUUGUUGGAUGAAAUUGAUUUCCCUUGGAUUCCAAACCGUUACGAUGCUUUGUGGCUUGACCAGUACAACGCUUUCGUACGAUUCCAAAAGAAUCAUGGACAUUGCUGGCCAAAGGAACCAACUCAUCCGAAGCAGUAUUCGUGGUCACAUACACAACGGAUGAAACGGGAGAAAGGUCGACUUACAAAGGAGCAAAUAACUUUAUUGGACAAAAUUGGUUUUCCUUGGGAACGCAAACGGAAAAUCUGGAUUGAGAUGUACAACAAACUUGUUGAGUACUGCCACCUGCACGGCCACCUUCAGGUCAAUAAAGACGACGAUCCAGAUCUCUACGAUUGGAUGACUACUCAACGGAAAAGGUAUCACGGCAUUAUCACGGAACCAGCAAUCACAGAGAAUCAAAUCGAUCACUUGGAAGAGCUUCACUUUUGCUGGUCGCUGGAUUGGAAGGAGCGAGUGUGGCAUGGAAAGUAUACAGAAGUUGUCGAGCUCUACAAGGAAGAGGGGCAUAUUCAGGUUAAGAAAAAGGACAACCCAAGUAUCUACAAUUGGAUUCAGACACAGAAGGAACGGUACAAGGGAACGGACGGAUACAGGCCACUGUCGGACGAGGAAUUUGAACUAUUGGAACAAAUUGACUUUGCAUUCCUCAAAGACCAGCCGCGGAUGGCUUGGAAUUCGAUGUAUGCCGAACUGGUUAGGUAUCGGGACGAACAUGAUGGGCGACUCCCGGGUCAUAAGGACGACCCAAAACUGAAUCGUUGGAUGAGGCAGCAACGACACAGGCAGAGAAGCGAAUUUGGAUAUGUGUUACUUUCAGAUGAGCAAAAGACAGUAUUGGAGAGCAUUGAAUGUCCAAUGUUGCCAAUCGGAAAGCGUUUGAGAGCUUGGUAUGUGAAAUACGAUGAACUGGUGGAAUUUUGGAAGCAACAUGGGCAUUUCCUAGUACGGCGAGAUGACAAUCGUAGUUUAUGUUUGUGGCUGGGAAGGCAGCGACGUAAAUACAAAAGGGAGGGUAUACGGAGUGAGCAACUCUCCAGAUCGCAGAUCUAUUUGUUGGAGCGGAUUGAGUUUCCUUGGGAAUCAAAUCGUGAGGAAAUAGAGUGGCAAGGCCAGUAUGAUGAGCUUGUCCUGUUUUUGAAGGCGAAUGGUCGGUUUCCAGGAAGCCUCUCUGAGCAUCCACAGUUAUACAAAUGGAUAGUAUACCAGCGACAAAGAUACAAAGGUCAAGGAGGAAGGCCCGAUAUUUCUGAUCACCAGAUCCAUCAAUUGGAGAAGAUUGGUUUUCGUUGGUCCAUCAGGGAGUAG